GAAAGAACAAUUGCUGCAAAUGCUCUGAAACAAUGGAGCUUGUCUUGGAUUUAAUUCACAAAAUCUUGAACACUUAUUUACCUCAUAUAUCAACAACAGCACUCAUCCACUUCAUGCCUUUAUAUCUCUUUCUCAAGUUUCUUCACUUCAUUUUCCGUUCUAUAUUUAGUGAAAACGUCGCUGGUAAAGUUGUUCUGAUCACAGGGGCCUCUUCUGGUAUCGGCGAGCAUUUAGCCUAUGAAUAUGCUAAAAGAGGUGCUCGUCUAGUGCUUGCGGCAAGAAGGCGCAGAAGUCUUCAGCAAGUAGCAGAUAUGGCUUAUUGGCUUGGAUCUCCAGAUGUUGUUCCUGUGCAUGCUGAUGUUUCCAAAGUUGAAGAUUGCCAGCGAUUAAUUGAGGAAGCUAUAAACAACUUUGGCAGAUUGGAUCAUCUGGUGAUCAAUGCUGCUGUGACGCCCCUAUACAUGUUUGAGGAUCUUAUAGAGGUCACCAACGCUGCACCCGCAAUGGACAUAAAUUUCUGGGGUGCAGUUUAUACUACCCAUUUUGCCAUCCCCCAUUUGAAGGAAACCAAGGGGAAAAUCGUAGCAAUCACUUCAUCAGCUGGUGGUUUGAAUGCAGCCAGAAUCAGCUUCUAUAAUGCAAGUAAAGCUGCAAUGAUUAGUUUCUAUGAGACGCUGCGGGUAGAACUUGGGACACAAAUUGGGAUUACAAUAGUCACUCCUGGACUAGUUGAAUCUGAGUUGACCAAAGGCAAAUUUCUCACAACAGAGGGCAAGUUGGAAGUAAACCAAGUAAUGAGAGACGUUGAAAUGAGUGUUACUCCUAUAUUGCCAGUGCAAAAAUGUGCUAGAGCGAUUGUCAAGAGUGCAUGUCGCGGAGACAACUAUCUAACAGAACCACCAUGGUUCAGGACAUUAUUCGUCUACAGAAUAUUUUUCCCUGAACUUCUAGAAUGGUUCCAACGUUGGUUUUUGUUCCCAGGGCGAGGGCAACCACCAACAGAGGCGCCCAGCAAGAUAAUUCUAGAUGUGACUGGAUUUAAGGAAUAUGGUUAUCCAAAGUCUGUCUUAUCUCCACAUAUAAAAGUGGAUUGAGGACACAGUAAACUGAAGCUAAGUUAGAAUAAUGUCAGCUAAGUUCCCAUGCAAACUGGCCAGAAUGUGGUUUCUUUCUUUUCAUUUUGGUGUGGAGUACUGAAGAUGAAAGAAACAAAACGAAAACGAAAACAAGGUGGAAAAAAGAGGCUGACAAUUGAAUUAAAAAAACAACUGUUGUCUUGGCAGAUACCUUCUAAUGCAGUUCACUCCUGUAACUUACUUCAGAUUGUUGAUGGUGAAUGAACUGAUUGCUAUUUAUCUUGAUUUGGAAACUCUUACGUUAGUCUGCACCAAGUCACUUUGUCCGGUAUUUCUUCAAUGCAAAGUCUGCAACGAAGACUGCUUCCAAUCGUUUCCAUUUAAAGCCAGUGAUUGAUUCUUUAGAGCCUUUUGUCAUACUUCUUAUGGUGCACACAAAUGUAAGUCAAUAAAUAAAGGGAAAAGGGCCAAAUAUACCCCUCUACUGUUCAUAUUUAUCUCCGUUAUACUAUCGGAUCAAAUCUACCCUCACCGUUAGCAAAGUUUUCAAAUUUGCCUUCUAACCAAACGGAAAGCCCCAAAUCCCUUCUAUUUACCGCAAUUCUUCUCACAAAUCAGUCUUCUCCUACGUGUGAUCCAUCAGAGAAGAAAAAAGGUUCAUAUUAUAGAAAUGGGAGUGUGGAGUUACAGCAUAAUUAUUCCCCUUGUCUUUGGUUAUGCUCAAACCAUAAAUGAAACGCAAAAUUCACAGUUUAUGGGUAUGUCUCUAACGGAAUGAGGAUGAGUGAAAUACCGUAGAUAAUUUGGAAGAGAUUUAUUUGAUUCUUCAGGUGGUCGAAAUGCAUUCGCUUAUGAAGUUACUAAUAUUUACUAUUUUUUAUGGACUACAAGCAUAACAAGGCCGUAGGUAUCCAUGUAAAUGCAUUCCCUUUCGGAUUUGGAUUUAGCAUGUUAUUUGAUGCAAAUUUUGCUUGCGCAAGCACUUCUGCAUGAAAUUUGUGACAAAUAAUUCUUUAGUAUUGUUUGAGAAAUCCUAAAUUAAAUGAUUUGUUUAAAUUUAUGUCGAACAUUCUUUCAAAGGAAUAUUUACUAGUGUUCUCAUGUCUGGAGGUGGCAAGUUUGUCAAGUCUUCCUGCUCUAAAUAAUCAAGUGGAAUAAGAAAUCAGCUUGUCGAGGAUAUUUUCUUAUCUGAUAGAGCACACGCGGAGAUAAGUUAUUUGUGAGAAAAAAUUGUAGUAAAUAGAAGGAAUUUGAGAUUUGGGGGCUUUUCGUUAGAUUAGAGGGCAAAUUUGAAAACUUUGCUAACGAUGAGGGUAGAUUUGACCCGAUAUUAUAACGGAGGAUAAAUGUGAACAAUAUAUCUUGGCCCUUUUCCCAUAAAUAAACAUAUAAUAUUGCAAAUGUAAAAUAUUGCUAGUUUAUGGUUCUAUAGAGAAGAUCAAUUUCACUAUUCAGCAUACGAUGUUCUUGCAUUAGGUUCUCCAUAUAACAGCUUAGGUGCAAUAACAACGUGAAGCAUGAAACUCUAUUAGCAAUUCUAUAAAGAAAAGUUCCAUAAAGAACAACAGGGAAUUACCUCAAAAUUCAGCAACAGUUUCCAAAAAAGUCUCAAGGUCUUCCUCGGGUACAAUGACACGUUUGCCACAGAAGCAGCAGCAGUGGUUACCUCUACAGGAGAAAAACCUAUUACUCUGCACAAGUUGAAGUCAUAAACAGUUGAACAAAGGAUCAAACUCUACGUGUUUCAUUAAGUCCAAUCUUGACCAAGUCAUAUCAUGAUCAAAUAGUAUCUCAGAAGGCUUCCAUCAUCGAUAUAGACUCAGAAACUUCAUGUUUACUCCUUCCUUUACAUUGAAACCUUACUGAAAGAAGGUGCAUAAUGAAACAACAACAACAAAAAAAAACCCAUUAUAAUCCAUAAGUGGGUCUGGGAAGGUUAGUGUGCAUGCGCACCUUACCACUACCUUAUAAAGUUAGAAAGGUACAUAAUUAAGGAAAAUAAAAAAAGACGUAUAACCCAAGAAAAAAUAAAUGUGGACACAAAAGCUUAUAAGUUACCGAUUCAAAUCAAUUGACUAGUUUUGUAUAUCUUUAUUACAAACAUAGUUACCCAAAAUGUUCUCUUAACAAUUAAUAUAGUGUUCGCCUGUCAUUCAUCUCUCUCGUCCUCCUCGAGAUAGACACUAUGCACCUCAUAAGUUAACCUUUUCUUUGUAACUGUUAGUCGGCGGAUUUUCCUGAAGGUGCACUCUCUUGCACCUUAGCUUCUUCAUCGAAGCACCACCUAAGUGACACGGAGCUCCCAAUCUGAGCUGUGUAUCUCUUAGAAGUUUAAGCGAGUCUUUGAUAACACUGUUGUGAAUGGCACAAGGUUAGUAGAUUCUUAACUAAAAGCAUGAAGAUUAAUUGCAAGGACAAGAAGUAAACGCAAUACAAAAAUGACAUCCCCACUAGAAAUAGGAUUAAGUUUCUUCCUCGUAAAUGCAACUGGUUUAUCAGACAUUUCCAAUAUAGCAACUCUCUCCAACAGUAAUAUAGCCCAGUGCAAAAUAUUCUGCCUAUAUAAGAGAGGUAAUGAAAUUUUUUGAAACAACAUCAGAUGAGGCAAAAUACUAAGUACCUUGAUCUUUCCUUUGACAGCACUGUCCUAUAUACCUGCAUGCCUAGCAAGACAGACUAACCAAGUAAUUGCAAGGGUUCCCCUUUUCUUCAGAAAGUAUAAACAUAUGUUCCAACUCAUCAACCAAAUCAAUUUCAUUAUCAAUUGCUGCAGUAGUAUUAGCUUUACAUCUUCCCUGUGGAUGCUAAUUGUAGAGACAGGAGUGUGGACAGCGGAAACAGUUGCGAUAGAUGAGAAGCUAGGUUCUGCAUUUUCACUACAUAUGAAGUGGCAAUUUCUUCUCUAAAUGAAGAAAAAGGUUAUAAUUAGUAUACAUACAGUAGAGACACCUAAAAACUUGGAAGCUGAAGUCCUAAGAUGUUGUUUAGAAUAAUUUUGGGCACACUUGAAAUAGGAAAACAAUAUCCAAGAGAACAACGCCAUACCAUGUUUUACUUUUUUUCUCCUGGAGCUCCCAUUUACAAGUAACGCACGUCUUUGUAACCAAAAAAGAAAGAAUUGUGGUGUACGCGUAACGUGUAAACAAAUAUUUUUGUGAGUGUGUGUGACAGAAGAAUCAAGCGAAAAACUUCAGUUAAAAGAUUUUCCAAGAUACGUGCACUACCUUGUAUUUCUUUUCUCACUCUGAGAUGAGAAUGGGAAAUACAUGGCCUUAAUUAGCUCAUUACCCUAUAAUAAAGGGAAAGAACAAAACGAAGCAGUGCAACAACCAUUUUUUUUAUUUAUUUAAAGCCGUCUUGUAAUGACGGGAGGUUUGGCAUCGACCCCUACCAUGUAGAUUAAUAACCAAAAGCUGAAGACGUGAAGGAAGUGCAACAACCAUUUGCCAAGAAGAUAUACUAAGAGGAAGCUGAUGACUACAAGAGAAUGAAAACAAUGAAUACACAUCAUCUGGUAAUAUGAUCAGAACAUACUUGACCAAAGUGAUGAACAUGAAUAGUCCAGUGAAGGAAGUUGCCAUGUUUUCAUCU